AGUUAACGUUUUCUGUAACCUUCUUUGCGUUUGUUGGUACUUCGAGAGUUCAAAGAAUUUAGUGCGGUCGAAAGUUUUAAAGAAAAAAGUAUUGCGAUUUUCCAAAUCAUUCAGUUUUUACGCGUUAUGUACUAUGUUCAAUUCGGAUUAUUAUUUAAAUGGUUUCUCUUUAUGAGCUUUCGUUCAAAUCGGAUAACGAAAACCUUAUACAAAGUAUCACUAUACGAAAAAGUCGAACUCGCCCUUUGUUUUCCCCAUUCGCCGAAAUAAUCCCAUUCUCAUUUACCGGUGAUUGAUAUAUAUAUCGCGAAUCCUUUUACAGUGAUCUUAGAAGAGUACGGAAGUCAGUAACUGAAUAAAAAUGAGAAUUGACGAUCGAAAUCGUUCACGCGCCAAUUGUGUCCUUACUGCUAUUGCAAGGUUACAGCGUUGUUUAUUUUUUUGUUGAAAAACCUACUUCUUUCGGACAUCAUGGACCCUAAAAAAAACUGGAACAAACUGCAAACUUAACCUGUCCUUUUCGAUUUCAAUAUCUAUUGCUAUACUUCGAUUAAUCCUGUGCAGUUUCAUAUGUGUAAAGGGAAAAAAUCAAUCUUGUGUGUAUCAACCAAAAGUUUAGGAAAAAAAAUCCUUUCAUUCAAAAUAAAAAAGCGAAAAUUAACAAGUUUUGUAUACUAAUUUUGCAAACGUGCACAUGUGUGUGAAGUGAAAAUAUUCUUGUAGAACAUUCUUCAAAACUUGCGAGUGCAAAAGAUUUUUUUCAACAUAACCUCUUCAUUUGAAGAUCGAAGUUUCACAAAAAACAAUUGGUGAUUCUCAAAACCCAGUCUUUCAGUGCAAAUCUAUUUCUCAAUUUCUCUAUCUUGACAAAAUGAUAUUAUUUCGCGUUAACAACGAGCCAAUGAGAUUCCAUCUAAUUGAUUUAGAAGAUGAGGAGCGUGCCUUUCUAGGAGGCAUAAUAAAAAAUCUCGGUGGAGACAUUACAGAUGACACUGAAUGUUUAGUAAAAUUCACAUCGAGAAAAGCAUAUGGGCGUAAUCACUACCCAAGAGCCCAAAUCUUCGAUGUUGAGUUCAUUACAGCAUGUAAGAUGGCGCAAAUGAUUGUUGAACCAUACCAAUUCAGAUUAAGCGCACAUGGUCCUAAUGAUGAUUACAUCAUAGAACAUUUUCUGUACGGCGUAUGCUCCAGGGACAGAUACAACGUUACCUCAAGGAAUAAUGAUCCGCACCGAGUAGCCGUGUUAAACAAUUCAGAAACCAUGACUCGACUAGCUAGUGACAGCGAGAACAAUUCAUCAUCACAUGGAACUAACGAGACCAUGUAUACAGCCCUUCCAAGAGAGGAGUCAAUUCCUAUUACGGAGAAUUAUGUGGACGAGUCUCAGGCAGUGGUUCUCGCGUCGGAUUUAAAAAUCUGCCAACCAACUUUGGCAGGUGGUGAUGCUGCCAAAGAAACGUUGAGUCAUGAAAAACGACCGUGUAAUGUGGAGUAUGAAUUAGAAGUAAAACCAAAAAUGAUGGCACUUGAGAGAGAAACAAGGAAACUGGCUUUAAAGAGCAAUGUAGAGAAUCAACAACAAAAAAGAUCAGUGCGAACUCGUUCAAGGAGAACCAAAUCAACUCGCACCGAAGACUCUAAUCUGAAUGACGCGGAAAACGUGGAUCCAGAGUUCAUUCGGAUAAAGGAAGAACCAAUUGUUGACUUUCCAGGUAGUUUCAAUAGUCCAGACACCGAGAUGCCAGUAAAAUUAGAAAGAAGUCCUGGCGAUGCAAUCCCAAUAACAGCGUCUCCGCAGUUGUCAGCCAGCAGCGAUUCGGAUUGGAUUGAAAUGAAAAUUCCCUCGUCAGAGGAAAAUGUUCGAACAAAAUUUGCUGAUGCUGCGAUACCUGCUGAGCGCAGGAAAGCAAAGGCUGAAAUUUCGAAUCCUCUUGACCAAUCGAAAGUUGUAAACAUCUGCUACAGAGGCUUCAAAGGUGCAGCUAAGCCAUCGGAAAAUUCAAGAAAAUCGUCUCCAUCACAGCCAUCAAAACGAAAACAUGUGCAUGAAAUCUCUAGUGACAGUGAAACAACCGGAAAUAAACGCACAAGAAACAAUUACAAAGGGAGGGAACUUGAUAAUGAAAGAAACUCGCGAAGAAGAGAACGCCAAGUCCGAUCACCGGAUGAGGAAGAUGACGAUGAAAAAGAGGAAGAAACGGAACAAAGAUAUAGAACUAAACAUGGACAGAAUGCGAACGGUGCCACGGGAACAAAACCCAAACAAAGAUUGUUAAAUCUUCAAGAAAAAAGCAGUUUCACUUCCUUCAAAAAAAAAAUGUCCGAGUCUCUCGAAUCCGAAGAAUAUAUCGAAUCCUCUUCUGACACUUCGCUAUCAGACUCUUUAAAUGAUACACGAUUGAGGAGGAAAUACUCUCGCAGGCAAGAUCAUGAACUGACCAGAAAGACCACCUCCAAAAAGAGUCUGACGAGGAGAUGGUUUGAGGAAGAGCAGGACGAAGCCGGCCCUAGCGGCAUUCAGAAUCCCGAAAAUGAUCGUCGUCAGGAGCUUUACGACGAUUCCAGUGAUGACGACGAUAUGUGGGAUGCUCUACCCGAAUCUCACUACAAUAGCAACUUGUACAUGGAACAUGUCGACACUAAAAAACAAAUAAAUCACGAAAAAACACGUUCCAGAAAAGAACUGACGGGAUCAAGAGUUCAGAAAUGGCGAAGCGGUUUGGGGGGAAACGAUAUGGGAGAGCGAGGGGCGAGAGGUGGCCCAUUUAACCGCAAAGAACAAGAAAUAAUGAUAAAGUAUUUGCUCAGAAAUAGAAAAGUCUGCAAAGGAAAGGGAUUACUGGUAUGGAGCCAACUGAUCGAUGACGGGUUCUUGCCGCAUAGGACUCCGCAGUCGUUACACAAUCACUUCACAAAAAUUAUCCUUCCCAACAUUGAAAAUUUCACAAAACUGACUGUCGCAGAGCGGCAACUAUUUUUGAAAUUAAGAGAAGAGAAAAGAGAACGCAGAUAAAAGUUAAUAAAGUUUAAAAAAAAGAA